AUGUUUCAAAGAACAACUCAAGGAGGCCAGCCAUUAUUCCAACAAACUCAAGCAGGAAUGAACCCAGGAUUUAGCAACCCUCAGCAAGGAUUUACUGGUUUUACCCAAACGCCUGGAGGCUUUAGUCAAGCUGUAAGUGGAUUUCCCCAACAAUCUUCAUUUCAGAAUCCUCAGCAAACAGGUGGAUUUCAGCCGACUGGAGGCUUUCCUCAACCUCAGACAGGAUUUAAUCAGCCCCAAACUCCAAGCUUUCAACAGCCAGCUCCAAAUCCAAUCCAGACAGCAAGCAUAUUUCAGCCUGGACAGCCCCAGACGAUGUUUCCGCAACAAACAGGAGGAUUUCCAUCUGCCCAGCAGCCAGGUAUGUUUAAUCAGACCCCGGCUCAGUCUGGUUUUAUGCAAACAGGACAGCCUGGAGCUUCUCAGUGGCCUCAAACCCAACAGCCACAACAGUCAGGAUUUAUGCAGCAAGCGCAGAUGCAGACUGGCUUUCAAGCCAAUCCAACUCCAGGAAUGAAUGCACAGCCUCAGAUUAAUAAUCCGCUAUUUCCAACACAACAAAAAGCAGCCUUUCCACAACCAGGAGGGGCAUUUCCUCAGUCUGGUGGAGGAUUUCCUGCUCCAAGUCCUUUUCAAAACACAGUUCUACCUCAAUCGACACAACCUCAAGCAACAAAUUCUCUAUUUCCAAGCCAAACAGGGAUAUUCCCUCAAGCUCAGUCUGGAUUUCCUCAGCCAUCACCUGGAUUCCCUCAGCCAACAACAGCAGUAACGCAGCCACAGCCACAACCUGCAUCAUUAUUCCCACAAACUGUUUUUCCUCAACAAGCUAACCCAAUUGUACCACCAAUGUCUCAGCCUCAGCCAAAUACUCAAUCUCUUUUUACUCCUCAAGUUUCUCAGCCAGCUCCUGCUCCUUCACUUAUAAAUCCUCCUGGUGCUUCAUCACUAUUUCAGCCAGCUUCAUCUCAACCUUUAUUCCCUACUCAGCCAGCAACCCAAACAUCUACUCCUUCUCUAUUUCCGACUACUGUUAACCCACAGCCAACACAGACAGCACCACAGACUGCUCCUUCUUUAUUUGGACCUAAAACUGAUGACCAGCCUCAGAAAAAGGUGCACACAGAUAUAAUAAUUGCCCGAGGAUGGCGCUAUCUUGCGCCAUCCUCGGGCAAUUCAAAAAUGGUCCCACACCGGGAAUUGAACCCACGUGUGGGGCCAUUUUUGGUGUGUGUAGAACAUCGACUUCCACGAACCAAAAAUUGCCCCACACGUGGGUUCAAUUCCCGGUGUGGAGCCAUUUUUUAAAUUGCCCGAGGAUGGCGCAAGAUAGCGCCAUUCUCGGGCAAUUUCUAUAGCAUAUUCCCUGCUACUUCUCAGGCUGGACCUAGCUUAUUUACUCCUUCAACUCAGCCUCAGACAUCUCAGCCUGGUCUUUUUCCAGCAUCAACCCUCCCUCAAACAUCUCAGCCAGCUAAAAGUCUAUUUCCUCAAGCUACUCAGCCACAGCCUGCUCAGCCAAGCCUAUUUCCCCAGUCCUCACAGCCAGCUUCCACUUCUCCCUCUCUCUUUCAGCCUUCAGUCUCAAAUGCUCCUAUCUUAUCCACACCUCAGCCAUCAGUUUCCCACCCUCCAGGAGCUCCUCUCCAACAAGCUCCUACAAGAACUCUUGACGAAAGCAAAAAAGCUCUCUUAAACAGACGAAGAAUUGACGAUAUAUUUAAAGAAUGAAACAAUGAAAUAGAAAACCAAUACAAAAAAUUCAAAAUCCUCACACAAAAGUUGGUUGACUGUGAAACUAAAAUGUAUAGCUCACAAGAAGGGAUAAUUACAUUAAAUGACAUUGUGAAAAGUUUAAAUAGCUCACAUCAGGGUAUCAAUGAAAAUAUUGAUUUAAUUAUUUCUGAGCAAGCAGAUUUGAAUUCAGCGCUAGAUACAAUUGAGAAACAGUUAGAUAGCGUUAUGAGCGGACCUGGAAGCUAUAUGUAUCCAAGAUUUAGUGGAGAAGAUAAAGAUAAUGUGUAUAUAAAAACAGCUGAAAUUUGUAAUGAAAUGAAAGAAAGUGAAACUAAAUUCUUGGAGAUAGUUGAAUUUAUUAAUAAGUCUCAGGAAUCUGAAGAUUAUGGAUUAAGCGAUGAUGUUGAAAAUAUUCUAAAUAACUUAUUUGAAGCUCUGGUAUCAGUUGAAAGAGAUGUAAAAGGAUUAGAUUCAAAAAUUAAAAAACUUGAAAGUGAUUACUCAAAAAAUACAGAUUACUUAAGUAAAAAUAAUUAA